CAGUUCUUGUCCGUACGACUACGAGUAACGAGUGUUCAAACCCAUCUUCCUUAUUACAGUCCAAAUUUUUUGUGUGGUGGUUUCAGAAUAGAGCCAGAGCUUUAAUGGCCGUUUUGGAAUUUGGGUUUUCACUUUCCCUAAGAAAAAAUUAAUCUUUUUUAUCCAAAACAGUGUUUGCAUAUAUUAAUGUGCUUAUUUAUUUAUUUUUAUUAAGGCUAUAAUUUGUGUGAAUGAUUGCCAUUUCAGGUCAUUUCACGUUGGAUGCCACUUUAGCUUAGCACCAUCAAUUUAGAGAAAUCAUAACAACUUGUGAUUUUUUUUCUUUAAUGGCAGUGUUUUUGUGAGUGGUUUUUAUUCUGGCCACAAAGCUCCUUGGAGGUUUUCAGUGGUUCCAGAUCUGGAAAAGAGUGUGAAUUGCUAGCUAAGCUAGAAGGGCCAUGAAGAAAGAGAAACCUUGCAGAAACAUCUCGUUAUUUGCUUAGAGGUGGUUUUUUCUCAAGUGGGUAGCUAAGCAAUGGAGGGUUUAAGCGUUUUCUCUUGUUUUUUCUUUCUGGGUUUUCUUUUCUUGCGAGGAAAAGCCGACCCUCUUGAAGAUAAGCAAGCUUUACUGGAUUUCGUGAACCAGCUCCCUCACUCUCGCUCUCUUAAUUGGAAUGAGAGUUCUCCAGUUUGUGAACACUGGACUGGAGUCACAUGUAGUGAUGACAAGACUAGAGUUGUGGCCGUUCGAUUGCCUGGGGUUGGAUUCGACGGCCCUAUUCCUCCCAACACGCUCAGCCGCCUCUCAGGGCUUCAGAUUUUGAGUCUUAGAUCCAAUAGUCUAAAUGGGCACUUCCCUUCUGAUUUCUCUAAUCUCAAAAACUUGUCUUUCCUCUACCUUCAGUUCAACAACUUCUCUGGGCCAUUGCCUUUGGAUUUCACAGUUUGGAAAAACCUCACAAUUAUUAACCUUUCACAUAAUGGUUUCAAUGGUAGUAUCCCAUUAUCUCUCUCAAAUUUAACUCAGUUGGCCGGGUUAAAUCUGGCAAACAACUCACUUUCUGGGGAGAUUCCUGAUCUCAAUCUUCCUAAAUUGCAACAGUUAAAUUUGUCCAACAAUAACCUACAUGGUACUCUGCCCAAGUCACUUGAAAGGUUUCCAGAGUCUGUAUUCACAGGUAACAACAUUUCUUUCCCAAGUUCCAUUCCUAAACUUACUCCUGUUAUCACACCAUCUUUAGUACCUUUUGCCAAACCUAAGAGUGGUGGGAAGCUAGGUGAAACGGCAUUGUUGGGAAUUAUAGUUGCUGGUGGUGUUUUGGGGCUUGUGGCUUUUGCUUUUCUAAUGCUUGUUUGCUGCUCAAGGAGGAAAAGGGAAGAUGGGAUAUCUGGGAAGUUGACCAAGGGAGGUAUGUCUCCUGAGAAAGUGAUUUCAAGGAGUCAAGAUGCAAACAAUAGGUUGGUUUUCUUUGAGGGUUGUAAUUAUGCAUUUGAUUUGGAGGAUUUGUUGAGAGCUUCUGCUGAGGUACUUGGAAAGGGGACUUUUGGUACGGCCUAUAGAGCAAUACUAGAGGAUGCAGCCACAAUUGUGGUGAAGAGGUUGAAGGAUGUGAAUGUUGGGAAGCGGGAAUUCGAGCAACAGAUGGAGCUGGUUGGGAGUAUCAGGCAUGAGAAUGUGGUUGAGCUGAAGGCUUACUAUUAUUCUAAAGAAGAGAAGCUAAUGCUUUAUGAGUUCUUUACUCAGGGAAGCCUCUCUGCUAUUUUACAUGGUAAAAGAGGAGAAGAUAGAGUUCCUUUAGACUGGGAUACCCGGCUUAGAAUAGCUAUUGGUGCUGCCAGAGGAAUUGCACGUAUACAUGCAGAAAAUGGUGGGAAGCUUGUUCAUGGAAACAUUAAAUCAUCAAACAUUUUUCUCAAUACGCGACAGUAUGGCUGCGUUUCAGAUGCUGGUUUGGCAAGCAUAAUGAGCUCCUUGGCGCCACCAAUAUCUCGUGCUGCUGGUUACCGAGCCCCAGAAGUAACAGACACAAGAAAAGCAUCACAAUCUUCUGAUGUCUAUAGCUUUGGUGUGGUUAUACUAGAGAUUCUCACUGGAAAAUCACCAAUCCAUACUACUGCUGGUGAUGAGAUUAUUCACUUGGUCAGGUGGGUUCAUUCAGUUGUUCGAGAGGAGUGGACAGAUGAAGUGUUUGAUAUCGAGCUGAUGAGGUAUCCUAACAUAGAGGAAGAAAUGGUUGAGAUGUUACAGAUAGCCAUGGCUUGUGUGGUAAGGAUGCCGGACCAACGUCCCAAAAUCAGUGAUGUUGUGAAGCUGGUAGAAAAUGUCCGGCGGAUUGAUAAUGAAAGCCAUCCACAUAUUGGAGCCAAAGCUGAAAGCUCAAAACCAGAGCCAGGAGUUGGGACAGACACAGAGUAGGCACUUGCCUUUUUAUUUUUAUUUAUUUUUUUCCUUUUUUUAACACCAUCUGGUGAAAUAUCAUACUUCAUUUUGUCUCAAAAUGUUGUUCUUCUCCAGUUGAUGCACAAAACUGCAAUGAUUUUUAUUUGUAUUUUUUUUACCAACCUGGUCCCAUUUAGGUAGAGUUGAGUCAGGUAAAUCUAUUGGUGCAUCAACAGGCUGUUGAUAUUUCUGAAAAUUUAGAUAUUCCCCCCUUUAGCUAAAGGUCUCUUUUUUUCUCUGUAAUGUAAUGUGUUUUGAGUUCAAUACUUUCUCUGAAAAUGUGGGAAAAACCCAUUUGAAUGAA